AACAUAUCUAGAUAUUUGAUUUCACCUGUCAAAGUCUAAUCUAAUGUCUAUUAAAAAGGCCAUAAUCUUGUUUCUAACUUUUGAUACCAGGGAAGGUUUAUAAAGGCACAAUGACAAAUAAUCAACAUGUUGCAAUAAAACACAUCAUCAAUGAUGAUGGAAGCAUGGAGACUUUUGUCAGAGAAAUUACAAACUUAUCACAUGUUAGACAUCCAAAUCUCGUCGCUUUGUUGGGUUGCUGUGUUGAGGGAGAUGAAUGUUUCCUUGUCUAUGAACUGUGCCCCAAUGGGAGCCUUUCAGAGUGGCUAUUUGGCAAGAGCAAGAUUCUUUCCUGGAUACAAAGGCUUAAUAUUGCAAUUGAUACUGCAAAAGGUCUUUGGUUCCUUCAUACAUAUCCACAAGGCUCCAUCGUUCACCGUGAUGUCAAGCCAACGAACAUUCUCCUGGGGCCGAAGUUUGAAGCAAAGCUAUCAGAUUUUGGACUCUCUAAAGUUUUAGAGGUGGGUGAAACGCACGUUAGCUCAGAAGUGAGAGGAACUUUUGGAUAUGUUGAUCCUGAGUACCAAAGCAACCGCCAUGUAAAUUCAUCUGGGGAUGUCUACAGCUUUGGCGUGGUACUUUUGCAGAUCCUCUCUGGGAAGAAGGCUAUAAAUUUGAAACUCAAGAAACCCAUGACUCUGAAUAAAAUGGUGAGAACUUACAUGCCUUUAAUCUUCAAUUCUAUCUCUUGCAUUAUUUAUUUAUUUAUUUAGAUUGAUAUCACUCUAGUAUUUCUCAGGCAAAAGCACUCACAAGGGGUGGCAGCAUAAUAGAAUUUGUUGAUCCUAAACUUCAAGGAGAUUACUCAGAAGAAGCAUUUGAUUUUACCCUCCAUCUUGCUCUAUCAUGCACAUCCCUUACCCAACAACGUCCAUCCAUGGAACAGGUUGUCACAAGAUUGGAAGAAGCCCUACUGAUUUCGAUGAAGAAUAUUUCUGCAACAGACACUUCAGUGGACAAUCCUUCAAUUCUAUGAUACAGUGAUAAUUAGGAUCGCUUGUGUAACAGUAGAUAAUUUUUGUUUACUCUUAGAAGUAUUCAGUUGUAUAAGUACUUCAAAGUGAAUUUUAAGUUUUUCUUUG